CCGGCCCUCGCUCCGAGCGCUCUGUCCGGCGCGGCCCUCCCCCCGCGGCCGCCAGCCACGGCCUUGGCGGUGAAUGAAAGGCUGAGCCUCCGGGAGCCGGGUGCAAGCGACGCAGCGACGCCGGCCUCCCGGGAGGCGCCUGCCGAGCUGAGAUGUACGGUGUGUGUGGCUGCUGCGGCGCCCUACGCCCAAGGUACAAAAGGCUGGUUGACAACAUCUUCCCUGAGGACCCAGAGGAUGGCCUGGUGAAGACCAACAUGGAGAAGCUGACCUUCUACGCCCUUUCAGCUCCAGAAAAGCUAGAUCGUAUUGGUGCCUACCUCUCUGAGAGGCUCAUCCGUGAUGUGGGUCGUCAUCGAUAUGGGUAUGUGUGCAUUGCCAUGGAGGCGCUGGACCAGCUGCUCAUGGCCUGCCACUGCCAGAGCAUCAACCUCUUUGUGGAGAGUUUCCUCAAGAUGGUGGCCAAGCUGCUGGAGUCAGAGAAGCCCAACCUGCAGAUCCUCGGUACCAACUCGUUUGUGAAGUUUGCCAACAUUGAGGAGGACACCCCGUCUUAUCAUCGGAGCUACGAUUUCUUUGUGUCCCGGUUCAGUGAAAUGUGCCAUUCCAGCCACGACGACUUGGAAAUCAAGACCAAAAUCCGAAUGUCGGGCAUCAAAGGUCUGCAAGGGGUGGUGAGGAAGACGGUAAAUGAUGAGCUGCAGGCCAACAUCUGGGACCCACAGCAUAUGGACAAGAUUGUCCCCUCACUGCUUUUCAACCUGCAGCAUGUGGAGGAGGCAGAGAGCCGGUCCCCCUCGCCCCUGCAAGCCCCAGAGAAGGAAAAGGAAAACCCUGCCGAGCUGGCCGAGAGGUGUCUUCGGGAGCUGCUGGGCCGGGCUGCCUUUGGCAACAUCAAAAACGCCAUCAAGCCUGUUCUCAUCCAUCUGGAUAACCACUGUCUCUGGGAACCCAAGGUGUUCGCCAUCCGUUGCUUUAAAAUCAUCAUGUACUCAAUUCAGCCGCAGCACUCCCACCUGGUUAUCCAGCAGCUCCUGAGCCAUCUGGAUGCCAACAGCCGCAGUGCAGCCACCGUGCGGGCGGGCAUCGUGGAGGUCCUGUCUGAAGCUGCCAUCAUCGCUGCCACUGGCUCUGUCGGGCCCACGGUGCUGGAGAUGUUCAACACUCUGCUGAGGCAGCUGCGGCUCAGCAUCGACUACGCGCUGACCGGGAGCUAUGAUGGGGCCAUCAGCCUCGGUGCCAAGACCAUCAAGGAGCACGAGGAGCGCAUGUUCCAGGAGGCUGUCAUCAAGACCAUAGGCUCCUUUGCCAGCACGCUGCCCACGUACCAACGCUCCGAGGUGAUCCUCUUCAUCAUGAGCAAGGUCCCGCUGCCCUCCCUGCACCACCCCAUGGAGCCGGGGAGGACGGGGGAGAACAGGAACCGACUGACCCAGAUCAUGCUGCUGAAAUCCCUCCUUAAGGUAUCCACAGGCUUCCAGUGCAGCAACAUGAUGUCCGCCCUGCCCAGCAACUUCCUGGACCGCCUUCUCUCCACUGCCCUCAUGGAGGACGCAGAAAUCCGUCUCUUUGUUCUAGAGAUUCUCAUUAGUUUCAUUGAUCGUCAUGGCAACUGCCACAAGUUUUCUACCAUCAGUACCUUGAGCGACAUCUCUGUCCUGAAGCUGAAGGUGGACAAGUGCUCCCGACAGGACACGGUCUUCAUGAAGAAGCACUCCCAGCAGCUCUACAGACACAUCUACCUGAGCUGUAAGGAAGAGACAAACAUGCAGAAGCACUACAAGGCCCUCUACAGCUUGCUGGCACUCAUCAGCAUUGAACUGGCCAACGAGGAGGUAGUGGUGGACCUCAUUCGCCUGGUGCUGGCUGUUCAGGACGUGGCCCAGGUCAAUGAAGAGAACUUGCCAGUGUACAACCGCUGUGCCCUCUACGCUCUGGGUGCAGCAUACCUGAACCUCAUCAGCCAGCUCACAACAGUGCCUGCCUUCUGCCAGCACAUCCGUGAGGUAAUCGAAGCACGGAAGAAGGAGGCCCCAUACAUGCUCCCUGAGGAUGUGUUUGUGGAGAGGCCCAGGCUGUCUCAAAACCUUGAUGGAGUGGUGACGGAGUUCCUCUUCCGCCAGAGCAAGAUCAGCGAAGUCCUGGGGGGUAGUGGCUACAAUUCAGACAGGCUCUGCAUGCCCUACAUUCCUCAGCUGACAGAUGAAGAUCGUUUAUCCAAGAGGAAGAGCAUUGGAGAGACCAUUUCCCUGCAGGUGGAGGUGGAAUCAAGGAACAGCCCAGAGAAAGAGGAGCGAGUACCUGCCGAGGAGAUCACCUAUGAGACUCUCAAGAAGGCUAUUGUGGACAGCGUGGCCGUUGAGGAGCAGGAGCGAGAACGGCGGCGACAGGUGGUGGAGAAGUUCCAGAAGGCCCCCUUUGAGGAGAUUGCAGCACACUGUGGGGCCCGGGCAUCACUGCUGCAGAGCAAGCUCAAUCAGAUCUUUGAAAUUACCAUCCGGCCCCCGCCGAGCCCAUCGGGGACCAUCACCGCAGCCUACGGUCAGCCUCAGAACCACUCCAUCCCUGUCUACGAGAUGAAGUUUCCUGAUCUGUGCGUCUACUAAAUUCCAAGAGACUGUGCUCCUGGGAAGGAUGGGGCCUGAGGAAGGGGCAUGCCCUCACCCCCGCCCCUGUGAUGUGGAAAUCUAACUGGAUCUUAGAGAAAAAUGGUGCCUUGGAUGGCAGCACCUUCCUAGCUAAGCCAAGGUCCAUAUUUCAGGCCUUCUCGUGUUCCCUCUUGGCCCUCCUGCCUCCUCCUCAUCUUCCCCAAGGGAGAUUCAGCUGCCUGCCCCUCAAUAAGAAUCUCAUCUGUACCCUUUGUCUCCUCUUUGGUAUCAGCCAGAGGCAGAGAAUCCUGGGAGGUGCCUCCACAGAGAGGCUGAGGGACCUAAGAAGCCCCCACUUAGUAUAGUAAGUGAAGGGCUUUCACUGGGAGUGGGACUACAGGGACACAUCUGCCAUCUCCAGAGAAGGGACUGGGAGGAGAAGGGCUCAGGAACUAGGUGGGGACAUAGUGAAAGGAAGCCAUGGAGUACAAUCUGGAAGAACAGAGGAAAGCUUCUCUUGUAAUGAGGUGACAACGUCAAAAGCUGGAAGAUGGGGUUGUUACUCCCAUUCCGAGCAUUCCCCUCCCUCAGUCCCCAUUUGAGGGCCUAAAGUCCCCUAGUCAUCAGUGUUUCUUCCAUUCUCUUGCUCACCCUGCUAGUUGUCUGUUUAUAUUCCUUCCUAUUAUUAAACAACAUUGAGCCCUCAUAGCAGGAGCAAGGGGUAGAGACACCAUGGGGGUAGAAAGGGUGAAAUGAAGGGUGAG